AUGCCUCCAAUACUGUCACUCGAUGAUGCGAUGACAAAGGUCUCCAAAACAGCAGAAACAAUAAGGUUACGGGGAAAUAUAAAACCACACGAAGAAAAACGCAUACAAGAGGCGUUUGCCUUGCUUGCUAGAGAACCUGCAUCUGCACCCAGUGCGAAAACGAAGGGGCGACGGAAUACAUUCCGGGAUUUCUUGAUCAAGUUGAACGAUUAUAAUUGCGGUCCGCAGUUCGUCGUACUUUGCGUGGUUGGUCUUGGUCAAUCGGUGAUCGCAUCGAUGAAAGAAGGAAUCCGUCUCCGUUUGCCGCCUGAAAUAAAAGACCACGCACACACAUUAACAGGCCCGGUCUUGCAGCGCCUUACGGAGGACUGUCUCAAGAAAGUCUUCGCUUCGCUCCGACAAUAA